AGAUCCACGAAAACGCCUGAAUCUUCUUUGGAAACCUAUAAAUACACCCAGUCCGUGCUGUCUCGUCAGAUAAAGAUCGUCCAAAGCGUUUAAAAUACUUCUAAGUUUACACCCAGCAAAAAACCCAACACCCAUGGCUCUCAGUCUCUUUGGAAACGGCCGACGAAGCAACGUCUUCGACCCCUUCUCUCUCGACAUCUGGGACCCGUUCGAGGGCUUCAGCACUCUGGCCAACAUCCCCUCCUCCGCACGGGAAACAACCGCCAUCGCCAACACCCGCAUCGACUGGAAGGAGACCCCGGAGGCCCACGUUUUCAAGGCGGACCUCCCGGGGAUAAAAAAGGAGGAGGUGAAAGUUGAGGUGGAGGAUGGGAGGGUCCUGCAGAUCAGCGGCGAGAGGAGCCGGGAGCAGGAGGAUAAGAACGACAAGUGGCACAGGGUGGAGAGGAGCAGCGGCAAGUUCAUAAGGAGGUUCAGGCUGCCGGAGAACGCGAAGAUUGAUCAGGUGAAGGCGGCGAUGGAGAAUGGGGUGCUGACUGUGACUGUGCCGAAAGAGGAGGAGAAGAAGCCUGAGGUGAAGGCCAUUGACAUCUCCGGCUAAACUAGAUUCGCAUAACCUCGGCUGCUUUUGGGCUUAAUUUAAAUGUUGUAAUAUUAAAUAACGGUUUGUUGUGGUUUUAAUUUCUGUCUUUCGCAUUUCCGAGUCUGUGUGUACGUGAGAUGAGUGAUAUGUUGCGUCAGUUUUCAUGUAUGGUUUCUUGUUCUGAAAUGUUAUAAACCUCCACAAAAGUUUGAGUGCGUUCUUA